CUACUGCAACAUUUGCGAGACACUCAUCAUGGCAAGUGACGGUGCUUUCUGUGACUCGUGUGGGGUGUGUGCCGACUCUCCGCAGUGCAUCAAGAAGGCCAACAAGAAGCUGCCGUGCAAAGUCAUAACCACAAACGCCACAUCACACAAGCACCACUGGGUCAAAGGAAACCUGCCCUUCAAUGCCCAGUGCGAUGUCUGUGAGGAGGAAUGUGGCGUUGAACCAGAGCUGAGUGACUACUGGUGUUGCUGGUGCCACAGGUCUGCCCAUGAAAACUGCCUGAAACACUUGGCUGAGGUAUGUGACCUUGGGAAGCUAAACACUUGCAUCGUGCCACCAAACUGCAUUCGCCUGCAGUCCCUGAGGAUGCGGAAACACCUUCUGAUCAAGGAAGUUCUCCAUCCGAGGAUCAACAAUUGGAGUCCGGUUAUCGUGAUUGGCAAUCAGAAAUCUGGCAGCAAUGAAUGUGCCAAGAUUUUGUCCUCGUUCCGAAGAUACCUCAACCCGGCACAAGUUCUGGACCUUGCCGAGCGUCCCCCAGAAGAAGCCCUGGAGUGGUGCCAUUUGGUUCCGUCGGGAGUCAGGUGCAGGUUCAUUGUGGCCGGCGGGGAUGGCACUGUUUGCUGGGUCUUGAACGCCAUUCACAAAAUGAAAUUUGAGACAGAGCCCGUGGUAGGUAUACUACCUCUUGGGACAGGUAACGAUCUCUCUCGAGUGCUAGGCUUCGGCGAGGGUUAUUCAGGGGACGUGGACGUGGAGGAGUAUCUGCGGGAUUUGUUCCUGGCCCGGGAGACCAAGCUGGACCGGUGGAGGGUCCAGGUAGCGCCAAAUAGGAGCUUGGGGAUCAGAAUGCCAGUCCGAGAGAUGUUUAUGAACAACUACCUCAGCAUUGGAGUGGAUGCCCUUGUGACUCUCAACUUCCAUCGAGCCAGAGCGUCGCGGUUCUACAUUUUCAACAGCCGCACCAUAAACAAGAUGAUCUACUUCACCUUUGGCACCAAGGACGUGCUUGAACAUGAGUGCAAAAACCUCGACCAAAAGCUGGAGCUGCACAUGGACGGCAAGAAAAUAGACCUUCCAAACAUUGAGUCCGUUGUCGUCCUCAACAUAGCCUGCUGGGGAGCUGGGGUGCGACCGUGGACACUCGGCGCGGGAGGAGCUGAGGCCCCCAAGCAAGACUUCGGAGACGGGUUGCUGGAGGUCUUCUGUCUGGUGUCGUCCUUCCAUAUCGCGCAGCUGCAGGUGGGACUCAGCGAACCCAUGCGGCUUGGCCAGUGCUCGUCUGUAAAGAUCUGCCUCAAAGGAACCGCUCCAAUGCAGCUUGACGGAGAGCCCUGGGAACAGCGACCGAGCACCAUCAGCAUCUCCCACAGCCACCAGGCGUCAAUCCUCACGAGAGAGGAUUUGCCUGUGUAAAAGAAAAUCUGAUGCUUUCCAAGAAUCUAUGUCAACCAGUCUAGCUAGAAUUAACUCAUUCCCGCAUGGCAUGGCACGUACGUCCAUGCCAUGCCCACUGUGAGUUUACUUGUUUAAUUGUUUUUCGACAAAGAUGGCUACACUUGUACUGAAUCAAUCACCAAUGAGCCAAUUACGAGUACUGCCUGCCUUGCCUGUUUACCCUUUU